AGCAGACCACAGCAAGGAUACAGCCAGUGUCAGUGUCAGCUACAGCUACAGCCAGAGGCAAGCCAUGUCUCGCGCUAAUCCAGCCGUCACCGUCCUCCCAGUCGUUCUCUUCUCCAUCCUCGACCACUCUCUACGCAGGCAUGACGACCAAGAGCGCGUCAUUGGUACCCUCCUAGGAGAACGCAGUCCAGACGGCACACAGGUCGAGAUUAAAGCUUCCUUUGCCGUACCACACGGUGAAUCCAGCGAUGGUGUCGAAGUGGACAUGGAGUAUCAUAAGCAGAUGCUUGCUCUCCACCUCAAGGCGAAUCCUCGCGAAGUACUCGUGGGCUGGUAUGCUUCAACACUAGAGCUCAAUGCCUUUUCCGCACUCAUCCAAAACUUUUACGGCAGUGCAGGUGAUGGUACUGCACCCUUCCCUGCGAUUCAUUUGACCAUGGCAGCAGAUCCUGCGCAAGGGAUGCAAGUCAAGACAUACGUGUCGAGUAGUGUUGGCGUGACGCCUGAACGCGUUGAGAAUUCUUGCCUGUUUGUGCCCAUCUCACAUACCGUCACCUAUGGCGAGCAAGGUGAUCGCAGUGCAGUCGAUGCAAUUGCUGCCGCUACACACACGGACUCGCGUAAAGCACAGAUCCCGACGACGUUGACGAUGUUGCGGAAUGCGCUGAAUGAUACACUCGAUAUGAUUGCGCGUGUUCAGCAAUACGUCGGGAAUGUCGUCAAGGAUGAAGCGGCGAUGCGGACACCAGAGAACCAAGCUAUUGGUCGUUUCCUGAUGGAUGCGCUGAGUGUGAGGCCGUCGCUGGACCCGGAAGCGAUUGAGAAGAUGUUCAAUUCCUUGCUGCAGGAUGUGCUCAUGGUCAGCUACCUGGCGCGGACUGUCAGGGAGCAGAUUGAGAUUAGCACCCAGCUGGCCCUUGUUGCCCAGUAGCGUAAGAGAUAGAAAUGAUGCCUGUCUUCACCCUGCUGCGCUGUAUGACAAUGUAUGUGACUGUUGUGUUUCCCUCUACAACGCGACCUGACAGCUGAGGACUGACAAAGGACAAGGACUACUACACCUCUGGCCACCUCUGGAGAGACGCGGAUCACGCUAGACAUGUCUUCAGACCUGCGCAAGAGACAGACAAAGAAAGAUGAAGUCAUCCGACAAAAGAUGGAGAAGGAUCUAGCAAAGAAGCGCCCAACAGCAGCGCGCUCACGGACAGCAUCGCGUAAAGCAACACCAGGAACUGUCUCCAGUCUCAAGCCGACACCGCCCAUGACGGUACCUGCAGAUAUGACUGUUCAUGAAG